AAUCAUCAUUCUUUACUGCAAGUAUAGGCAACGGUUUUAUAAAAAAAUUUUUUUGGAUUUCAUUUUUUUUAUGAGUCGCACCUUGUUUUGAAUUCCCGUUUUUUUCUGUUUUUCUGUUUUGUUUUGUUUGAUUGUUUCAAACAAAUGAUUGUUGUUUGUGAUUUUUUUCUGUUGUUUUGUUGUUUCAUUGAUUGAAAAAAAUAUUCAUAAUGUUUUCAAAUCAAAUUAAAUUUCUGAAUUUAUUCAUUUUAUUAUCAUCAUUGAUCAUAAUCGAUCAAUCAUGGUGUCAACAAUAUUCAGUUCCACCUGGUAUGACAAGAAUAAGAAAUAAACAUGCAUAUAUGGCUGAUAAAGGUUUAAUGGUACAAUUUGCUCAGGAUUGUAUCCAAAAACGUUAUUCAAAUUUACCAAAUUCAAGACCAUCAAGUCAUAGUAUGGAAACAUUAAUCGAUUAUAUUGAACGUUUAGAAGAUUGGCUUUCAAAUACAACCGAUCCAAUAUUGUCGAAAUUUAAAAAUCCUGAUGAUAUUGCUCGAUUAAUUUUACAUAGAUUUCAUUUGGAUGAUAUUGAUUUUGGUGAAUUUGAAUAUUCACCAAAUGUUCAAAAACGUUCAGAAAUUGAUACAAAAAUUCUUGGUACUAGUAAUCUAGUUGAAAUGGAUUAUUAUUUUCCUGAUUCAAUUUAUAAUCAAGAAGAACUUUGUACAAUGUUGUAUAUGUUUUCACAUAUUUUUCUUAACACUACCAAUAAUGGACAAAUGAACAAUCGUUAUCGUAGAGGUGUAUAUGUUUUUAAUCAACAGAAUGAUAAUAGUGUAAUGACUGGAAAUAAUUUUGCACAAAACAAUCAAUAUCCAAUACAGGAAAAAGGUGUCGUAACAUUUCGACAAAACAUUAAUGAAGCAAUAGCACCAGCAAAAGUAUUGAUCGGUAUUUUAUCUGGUCUAACGAAAAAUCCAGUUACCAAUGGCAAAGAUAUUGCACCGUCAUUAACUGUUGAUGUUUCAUUCAUUGAUCCUUUUCUUGCUACCACUUUAGCUAAUAUGCCCGGUACAGCCGUAUUUUAUCAAUCACAAACAAAUCAAAAAUUUGAUGAAAAACUUAUUUUCGGUGUUAACGGUGAAUGGAUAGAUGGAACCUGUUGUAAACAUUAUGCUAUUAAAGAUUCAAUUGCUUCAUUGGAAAAAUUACGAUUCUCGAAUCGUGGUUCAUUGGCACAAGUUCGUGGUGCACUUGAUGGCUAUGUUAUUGGAAAACAUUUACGAAAAUUUGAUUCAACUAGAAUGAGAUUAAGUAAUAUACUUCGAUCUUAUUAUUCGGUUCCACAUUCAAGAAGUGGUAAAAAUCAAGAUCUUGGCAUUAGCUAUUGUGAUCGUGGUAAUGAAAAACCACAACAAAAUGAUUUAAGCAAUGAAAUCAAUACUUAUAGUAUAAUUUAUUCAGCAUUACAAGACAUGCAAGAAAUGAAUGUUCAAGCCAAUUCAUUUGCAAGUGUUUUGGAUAAAGCAUCACAAACACAAACGGAUAUUUGUCGUACAAGACCAACAACUUUAGAUCAAAAUGCACCUUGUGAAACACCAUCAGAUUUAAUUUUUGUUAUCGAUCCUAAACAAGAAAAUUUCAAUAAAACUGCUCUGAUUGUUGAUGAUAUUGUAACGAAAAUCAAUAAAAUUGGUCGAUAUGCUGGUACAGUUUCAGUUUUUGUUAAUUCAAAUAGUAAUAAAAAUUUGGUUCAAUUACCAUCCGGUCCUGGUGGUUGGCCAUUAUCGGCAUUGAUAUUCAAUUCAACAAAUAUUGGUCUUGUAUCCUGUUCAUUUCGUCAAGAUAAUUUAAUGUUUUCUGCUCAAAAUAGUUUUGGAAAAUUUUUCAAAGAAUUAAAUCAAACUAUUUCCAAUUAUCGAUAUUGGAAUGGUAAACGAAAAUCAUUAAAUGAUCAAGCAUCAAUCAAUGUUAUUAUUAUUGAUUAUGAUACACUUAAAUUACCAACUGAUUCAAAAGAAUUGGAUGAUUAUAAUUGGUAUAAAGAUUCACUUAAAUAUGAUAAUCGUGAUGUUCGUUAUUUAGUCAUUUCAAAUGAUCAGAAAAAUUUCAUUGAUAUUCUUAAUGAUAAAACAAAAGAUAUGGUCGGCCCAACACAAACACAAAUUGGUAUGAAUUUUGAUAAAAGUAUUUGUGAAAAUCCAGCACAAAUUAUCUAUGAUAAAUGCUAUGAAAAACCAUCACAAAAUUCAAUAAUGGAAAAAUAUAUUAGUCCUGGUUAUAAACAACAAUGGGCAAUGUAUCCAGAAUAUUUUCUCAAAAGUUAUGAUAUUGAAUUUAAGGUUCGUGCUGUUGAUGGUGCAAUUAGAUAUUGUUUUGAUCGUGAAUUUCCACCACGUGAACGUAAUGAAUAUUGUAAAGAUUUAGCAGCCGGAUCUGAAGAAACAAUUCGAUGGAGUAAUCCAUGUAAAGAUCGAAAUGUACGAUCGUGUGAUCCAUUUUAUUUUACUUUAUGGGGUAAAGAACGAUCAUCAUCAUUACCGUGUAAAGAAAUUGCCUGCCAAUCAAUGGAUCAAAUUAAAUUUCAAAUCAUACAUACUGGUAUUUCAUGCAGUUCAUCAAUGAAAUUGGUUUCAAUGUUUUUAUUACAAAUUGUCUGCCUUUUAUUUGUUUAUCAAAGAUUUAAUAAUUUUGCCUGAAAUUUUUCAUUCAUUCAUUCAUAAAUAAUCUUUUCAACA